CAGGGGAGGAAGGAUUUGUUAUAAAAGAGAACGACAUGUUUUAGCAGUUGCCUCUCUGUUCAAAGCGUUUGUGCAGUGACCAAUCCUAACAUUGGAAAACAGAAAGUGAAACUAAGAAAUCGGCUUGAAAUGUCACAACUGGACACAGUCGCAGUUUAGAAUUGCGCUGUGAAUUCAGACAUGGGAGGCUUAUUUUCUCCUUUCUCCUCUGACUCCGCUUCCUCGGUUAACCCCGCUUACUCGGAGGAGGGUGACGUUCAUCGUCUCACUAUCGAUGCAAGGUCCCUGGUAUUUCUUCGGAGCAAGUUGCGGGACUACAACCCUCCCAACGGGUGUGGGGACGGUAUAAACAUCUUACUCUUCGGCUUGGUGGGGGCUGGUAAAUCAGCCACCAUUAAUACAAUCCUCUCAGCUCUGGAUCCAAAAUCUAAAACGAUAACCAGUGUCCCGACUGGAUUGAAUCCAAAAAUUCUCACGUCCGAGCUCAGAUCCUACAGGCUAUAUUUUGCUAAGUCACUAAAGCUUUGGGACACAGCUGGUUGGAACACAGUGAACGAUGCAGAUAAGGCAAAGAAAAUUUUAAAGAUGAUCCUGGAAGGAAGGGUGCCAGAAAAAACCAAUUUGUGCAAUUUCAAUCCUGAUUUGGAUGAUAGCAAGUAUCAAGUCAUUCCGGAAAAUGUAAUUCAUGGAGUCGCAUUCAUUGUUGACCUGAGCACGAUAGACAACUUCAUUGGGGAUAUGAAGAUACAGUUUAAGGACAUGCAAACCAUUGUGGCACAAAAAUAUAUUUACAGGACUGUGAUUGGGACCAAAUUUGACCAAUUAGGGAUACCAGAGAAAGACAAUAGUUACAUUUAUCAAUACAAGGCACUACAGGAGAAGUUUGCAAAGUUGUCAGAAGAAACUGGGAUGGAGAAGCGCAGCAUAUUUGCCAUUUCGAAUGAAUGGAAGGGCGAUACGAUAGAUCAGACCAGAUGUGUGCUCAUUUUGCACGCAUUGGAAAAUAUGGUCAGAAACAUAAAUGAAUUCCUCAGAACAGCAAAAUAAUGAUUACACCUAAUCUUACAUAGAACUGUGUAACAAAUCCUGUUUCUCUGUUAUAGUGACCAACUGAGUUCACCUUAAAUGACACAACAUGAAAAUCCAUUGGGCAGAAUUUUGAUUCCAAUUUCCACCCCUCUAUGCCCUUCACAUGGUCCAUCUGCAGCACUUCCCUCCCUUUCCUCUCUGUCUCCAUUUCUGGUAGUAGACUGUCCACCAAUAUUCAUUGCAAGCCCACUGACUCCCACAGCUACCUCGACUACAGCUCCUCACACACUGCUUCCUGUAAGGGCUCCAUCCCAUUCGCUCAGUUCCUUCACCUCUAUCGCAUCUGUUCCGAUGAUGCCACGAUCCAAAACAAAGCUUCUAACAUGUCUUCCUUCUCCCUUAACCGAGGUUUCCCACCCACUGUGGUUGACAGGGCCCUCAACCGUGUCCAAUCCAUUUCCUGUGCCUCGGCCCUCACACCUUCCUCUCCCUCCCAGAACCAUGAAAGUUUCCCCCUUGUCUUCAAUUUUCUCCUCACCAGCCUCCGCAUUCAAAGGAUCAUCCUCCGCCAUUUCCACCAACUCCAGCAUGAUGCCACCAUCAAACACAUCUUCCCCUCAUCAUCUCCCCUCCCCAGCGUUCUGUAGGGAUCGUUCCCUCCGUGACACAAUGGUUCACUCCUUCAUCAUCCCCAACAGCUCAUCCCCCUCCUACGGCACCUUCCCAUGCAACCACAGAAGGUGCAACAAAUGCCCCAUUACCUCCUCCCUCCUCACCAUCCAAGGGCCCAAACACUCAUUUCAGGUGAAACAGCGCUUCAUUUGCAGCUCCUUCAGUUUGGUCUACUGCAUUUGCCAACUACACCUACAUUCCAUGAAAGAAUAAGAAAAAAUGUUUUGUAAGUCGGAGUGAGAUAGGCAUCAUGACAGAAGUGGAAGUAAACGAUCUUUUUAAUGGAAUUUAAUAAAAAGUUUGAAUUCCAA